AUGGAUCAUCGUGCGGAUUGGGACGGACUCCCUGGAAAAAUACUCAUAGUUAUAGCUCAUAUGUUAACUUGUUGCGAGGAUCUCUACAGAAUUUCAGCUGUGUCAAAAUCAUGGAAUUCAGUUGUUUCUGGUUUGAGCCGAGAUGAGAUCAAGCCGUUGCAGCUGCCUCCUGAGUCUCCGCUUCUCUUUCUUGCUGAACAAGUAGCCGAAGGUGCUGCCUUUAGUUGUGAUUUCGACGACGAAUAUCAUGAAGAGGGCAUGGUUGAGAAUGUUGAUGAUGAGGAUGAUGCUGAUGAAGAAGAGCACUACUGCUAUCAUGAACUGUAUGAUUAUCGAAAAAAUUCAGUCAGUGACACUCGUGGUUUACAGCGUCUUGCAACAGGAAAAACAUAUUAUGCAGAAUUACCAGAGGCUUCUGGAAGACUAAUUCUGGGAACAAAUAAAGGAUGGCUGGUAACUUUAGGGAGAGAUUUGAAAAUCAAUUUGUUGCAUCCUUUAUUACGACAAGAAAUUCCACUGCCACACAUGGGCACCUUUCUCCACCAGCUCCAUUCUGAAGAGUUUAUUCUCGACUACAUCUCACCUGAAGAUGCAUCUGAUGGGUUUAUUCAGAGAGUUGCAAUGUCUGGUAAACUACAUCCAAGUAAAAACAAUGGUAUGUAUUCGUCAAACCCGAUUGUUAUGGCCAUUUAUGGUGCACGCAGAUAUUUGGCCUAUGCUAGAUUAACAGACAAAGUGUGGACUGAAGUUCUCUUCCCCUCUAUCGCCCCCUUUAUAGACCCCUUUAUAGAGGAUAUCGCUUACUAUAAAGGAAAAUUUUAUGCCCUCAAUGGCAGGGGAGAUCUAUUUGUGUGUGAUAUCAAUGAUGAUUCUGAAACCCAAGGACGGGCCAAGGGAACACAAAUUUAUUCCUGGCCAACUGACCUUGAUAUUGGCAUGAAUUAUAACAAUUCAAGAACCUACUUGGUUGAAUCAGAAUUUGGUUUCUGGUUAGUUGUGCGGGAAUUCAAAGCAAAAUAUUUUAAAGCACCUCAUGGGGCAAGAGUAAAAUACCGUACAUGUAACUUCACAUUAUGGAAGAUGGAACUGAAAUAUUCUGAUCAUCACUCUGAAUUACCUUCAUGUACCUGCAUUCCAGAGAAUAACUUGGGCGACCAGGCAUUAUUCAUCGGCAGAGCUACAUGUCUAUCGCUUCCAUCUUCAGAAUACAUAAGGCCUAACUGCAUCUACUUCACAGAUGACAUCCUGGAUCUGUCUUAUCACGUAGGAGGGGGACAUGAUAUGGGAAUUUUCAACAUGGAAACUAACACCAUAGAACCUUUUUUUCAAGGAAAAUCUAUACAUCCCAUCUCCCCCCCACUCUGGUAUAUUUGA